AUGUCGCAAAUCAACUACCGCACCAUCAAUGUCGACCAGCUCGACCCGGAGUCGUCAGUCAACUUCCCUAUGGAAACCCUCCUCCCCGCUACGCUGCCCCAACCUGAGACUUCGAGCGAUGCCGCCAACAUCGCGAACCAGGUGCGCCAGCUGCUGCGCGGCGGUGACGCCGAGGGCGCACUCCGAACCGCUCUCGACACAGCGCCGUUGGGCGGCGACGACCGCGCCAAGGAGGUUCACCUCGCUACUGUGAUUGAGGUGCUCCAGGGAAUCCGACAGGCCGAAAUGGCCCGUGUCCUGGAGGGAGUCUGUGGUGCAGAUGGCGGGGCAGAGCGGGCAGACUGUUUGAUGAAGUAUAUCUACAAAGGAAUGUCGUCCUCUUCCGGCCCUGGUGGUGCCAAGUCCGCUAAGUCGGUCUCCCCGCAGAGCACAGGUGGCUUCUCGCAAAUCCAGGGCCGCAACUUGGGCGAGGGCGGUGGUGGCCAGCAGAUGAGCGUUUUGCUCAACUGGCACGAGAAGCUGGUGGACUUGACAGGGACUGGAUCGAUUGUGCGUGUCAUGACGGACCGCCGGACGGUUUAA